GGGAGGGGGCGGGGCGGUCACGUGCGCCCGAGGGGGCGAGGCCCCGAGCCGGCCCCAGCGCUCACAGGGCCGGCAAAGUGGCUGCGCCGGGAGCCGACUUGUCCCGGGCUCGACCCACAGCGCGCGGAGGCAUCUGCGGCCGGGGACAGCUGCGGCCACGGGUGGGAGACGGACCGCUCCCGAGGACAAGUGGGAGCGGGAGCCUAGGGGUGAGCGCGGGGCGCCUCCGCGCGCUGCAAUCACUCGGCCUCGCGUCUCCUCACUAGUAGCCAGUGGACGGCUGUAGGCGACCAGCAAAAGGCCACUCACUGCGCCCUGGGACUGCCGGAGUCCGCCCCUGCCCAGGGCUCCCGAGGGAGGCUGCGGCCAUGGGGAACGAGGAUCCCAGCCAGGACGAGCGCGGCGACCCCAGCGUCUCCACCCACCCCAGCGUGUCGGUCCACCCCAGCGUGUCGGUGCACCCCAGCGUGUCCAUCCACCCCAGCGUGUCGGUGCACCCCAGCGUGUCGGUGCACCCCAGCGUCUCUGCCCACCCUAGUACCUUGGCCCUGCGGGGCAGCCUGGCGCACCCCAGCAGCUCGGGCCCCGAGGACAGCGUGAUCAAGGUCAGCCGACGCCGCUGGCCCGUGGUGCUGGUGUUCAGUUGCUACUCCAUGUGCAACGCCUUCCAGUGGAUCCAGUACGGCUCCAUCAACAACAUCUUCAUGCACUUCUACGGCGUCAGCGCCUUCGCCAUCGACUGGCUGUCCAUGUGCUAUAUGAUCACCUACAUCCCUCUGCUGCUACCCGUGGCCUGGCUGCUGGAGAAAUUCGGCCUGCGCACCAUCGCUCUCACGGGCUCGGCGCUCAACUGCCUGGGCGCCUGGGUGAAACUGGGCAGCCUGCAGCCGCAUCUCUUCCCGGUCACCGUGCUUGGCCAGAUCAUCUGCUCGGUGGCCCAGGUCUUCAUUCUGGGCAUGCCCUCGCGCAUUGCUUCCGUCUGGUUCGGAGCUAACGAGGUUUCAACAGCCUGCUCGGUGGCCGUCUUUGGCAAUCAGCUUGGAAUUGCAAUUGGGUUCUUGGUCCCUCCUGUUUUGGUACCCAACAUCAAAGACCAGGAGAAGCUUGCCUACCACAUCAGCAUCAUGUUCUACAUAAUAGGAGGUGUGGCCACUCUCCUGUUCAUCCUUGUCAUCAUCGUAUUCAAGGAGAAGCCUAAACAUCCCCCGAGCAGGGCCCAGUCCCUGAGCUAUGCCUUGGCGUCCCCUGAUGCUUCAUACUUGAGUUCCAUCAUCCGGCUCUUCAAAAACCUCAACUUCGUGCUGCUUGUCAUCACAUAUGGUCUGAAUGCUGGUGCUUUUUAUGCCUUGUCCACUCUGCUGAAUCGUAUGGUGAUCUUGCACUACCCGGGGGAAGAAGUGAACGCUGGAAGAAUCGGCCUGACCAUCGUUAUUGCAGGGAUGCUCGGGGCUGUGAUCUCAGGCGUCUGGCUGGACAGGUCCAAAACCUACAAGGAGACGACCCUGGUGGUGUACAUCAUGACUCUGGUGGGCAUGGUGGUGUACACUCUGACCUUGAACCUGGGACACCUGUGGAUAGUCUUCAUCACUGCUGGCACAAUGGGCUUCUUUAUGACUGGCUAUCUCCCUCUGGGAUUUGAGUUUGCCGUGGAGCUCACGUACCCAGAGUCAGAAGGCAUGUCAUCCGGCCUCCUCAACGUGUCCGCACAGGUAUUUGGGAUCAUCUUCACCAUCUCCCAGGGCCAGAUAAUUGACAACUUUGGGACCAUGCCUGGAAACAUCUUUCUGUGCGUGUUCCUUGGCCUCGGCGCAGCCCUCACUGCGUUCAUUAGGGCGGAUCUCCGGAGGCAGAAGGCAAACAAAGAAACUCCUGAGACUAAGCUGCCAGAGGAGGAGGAGGAGAGCAACACCAGCAAGGCGCCCACUGCUGUGUCCGAUGAUCAUCUCUGAGAGAAGAAGGUGGUGGCAACUCAGGGAGCCCAGCAAACAGCCACCUCUUUCAGAACAGCUCUCACUGCCAGCACAGAGGUCUUUGCUGGAGAAGCCUUGGGAGGGAACCGGCUGGAAUGUCUGUGGAUUGCAUGGCCGUGCCUCCUGGAACCCGCUCAAGAGCUCGCGCGGUUUACCCGGGGCCUUUCAUGAGAUGCAGUCCACUUGCUCCCUGCCCCCUUUUAGGUCAUGGGAGCUGGUGCUGGGGCAGGCUGGAGGAGGACAUACAGCAGAUCCUACCUCAGCUCCUCGCCUUCCCUUUCUAACUCCAUGCUUGCAGAAUUAUCACAGGAAGAAAGCUUAUUCAGGAUUUUCACUUUUUCUAGUCUCCCAAGACGCCCAGGCAAAGCUGACCCCUGAGGAGCUGUAAGGCAAGCUGCCGUGCCCAAGGGCCCUUCCAGGGUCAGCAGCCUGCCUAAUGCUGGGGUCUGUUUCCAGGUCCUCUUAAAGCUGAUUGAACCAAACGUCAAUAAACUGGACACAAACAUUGUGUGGCCACUGAGGAUUAGCUGAGGUGGGAGGGCCCACUUCUCAGUGUGUCUGGGAGCUCUGGUGGCUUGCCUUGGGGAUGGGAGGGCUUCUUCUACACAAGUCCAUGGCCAGGGACUUCUGUGUCACUGUCACUGUCACCUCUGAUGGAUGCCUUCCUCUGGAGGCUGCAGUGAGAAACACUGCCAUGGGCCUGCGAGGGCCAGCCCAGCCACCUUAACCCGCAUCUUUCCUGAAAGUCAGUCCUGAUUCAUGGCUCCUCCCCCAAGUCCAAGUUUAGUCCUGAGAACUGUGAAGGGAGGGGCAGAAGAAAGGGGCCCCAGCAGGAACUGAGUUUGCUGGACUCCAGCCUUACUCACCUCUGCUGGGGUCAGGAUUUGCAUACACACCCCCUGCUGGCAGUAAUGUUUUGUUUAUCAGUCUCAGGCAGGGGUGGGGAACCCUUUUUCUGUGGUGAGCCUUGCAGGCCCUACAGAAUUACCAGCUUACAAAUUAGCCUGCUAUAGAUGGAAUGAAUUUUGAGUCUCACCUGCCGUUGCCUUGGCAGGGCCAGACCAGAUGAUAUGUGGGGUGGACAUUCCCUACUGUUGCUGUUGAUUUCUCAACAAUGUUGCAGUGGAUUCGUUUCUGAGAGGAGCAGCCUGGUGGGAGCAAGAGGCGCGGAGUCACCACACAGACCCCGAGAGUCGGGUGAAACCAACACCCUACCGCUCGCGAACUGUGAAGGGAGUCCUCUCAGCCAGUGUGGGCCAGCCUCCUUUCGGGCCUGGGCUACUGUCAAGGCUUUUCUCACGUGCCUCCUGAAUAAGAGAAAUGUCCGCAGUUCUGUGUCUCACGCAGCUGGGAUCUUGACCACUGUGCUGUUUUGCCUCGGCCGCUCCCCUGGCCUCAGCAAAUCAGAGCGGCCUGUGCUGGCUGCAGUGCUGGGGUGCUUGGACCCAUCUCCCGCAGGGAGCCGUGUGUGUGUGUGUGUGUGUGUGUGUGUGAGCGUGCACACACAUGCAUGUGCACAGGUGCACGUGUGGGUGACUGUAAUGAAAGUUCACACUGUUGGUGGAGGGAGUGUUCUGGGUGGGAGACACGUGCCUUACUUUUUCUUACUUUCUGAUCAGGAGAAAAGUGUUUACUCUUCUACCCCUGGAGCUAAUAUUAACAAAGUGUUUACUGAAUCUAUUGCUUUAUUUUAAAAAUAAAAUUUGUACUAUUUGUACCACCAGAUCUUUUAAGGCAAUAAACGGUUUUCAAAGCGGU